AUGGGGGCAGGGCGUGGAGUAUCAAUAUCCCUAGAUGGAGUAAGAGACAAGAACGUGAUGCAGCUUAAGAAGCUAAACACUGUUCUCUUUCCUGUUCGUUAUAAUGACAAAUAUUACGCUGAUGCCCUUGCUUCUGGCGAUUUCACCAAGCUAGCAUAUUACAGUGACAUCUGUGUCGGUGCAAUUGCAUGCCGUCUGGAGAAGAAAGAAGGUGGAGCCCUCCGCGUUUACAUCAUGACAUUAGGUGUUUUGGCACCAUAUCGGGGCCUAGGCAUUGGUACAAAGCUGUUGAAUCAUGUUCUUGAUCUCUGCUCGAAGCAACAUAUUUCUGAGAUUUACUUGCACGUGCAGACAAACAAUGAAUAUGCUAUCAACUUCUACAAGAAAUUUGGAUUUGAAAUCACAGACACCAUCCAGAACUAUUACACAAACAUUACCCCGACCGACUGCUAUCUUCUUACAAAAUUCAUCACUGAAACAAAGAAAUAG